AGGAAUUGAUGCAGCAGCCACCAGCAGUGAAUCUUCUGAAUGGAAGCACACCGUGGGAAAAAGACUCGGUGUCAAAAAUUACGGAAAACCCGAAACGUGCGCAGAAGAAAAAUUAUAUUGAAGGAGUGCCAGAGGGUUUUUUCGAGGAUGAAAAACUGAACAGUAGGGUAGCAGAAACAGUUGAAAAAGAGGCGAAUAUGGAGCAAGAAUAUGCAAAUUUUUUAAAAGAAUUGGACGAGGCAAAGCAUGAGGAGGAACGGCGUGAGGAGAGCGCGGAAUUGGCCGAUGCCAUAGAGCAUGAUAUCGAUUUAAUCGACGAACAGGUACUUUUCAGGCAAAUUUAUGAAUACCUUCCUAUUAAAAAUUUUUUUCCCGGGCAAAUUUGGAGUAGCGAUUACUUGUAUAAAGCUGAAAUUAGGUAUUCUGGUUAG